CCCACAGAGAGUCUGCAGUGUGCUGCCAGUCUGUGAGCUGGAGAGUCACUCAGACGACGCACACGCGAGACGUCUUCAGAAACAAACUUUGCUGAAACUUCUUGUUUCUUGUUUUUCUUCCCCCAGCCGUGGAUGCAAAGACUUUUUUUUUCUUAUUUCCUGUGAGGGUUUUUGUUUUCCAGAGUAGGAUCUGCAAUGCUUCCAUUCUACCUCCUCACUCUAGCCGCCUCCAUCCAAGCCUACAGCCAGCUGCUGCCAGGCUCAUGCAACUUUGAGUCCAACACCUGCGGAUACACGUCAGAUGCAGACUUUACGAGCUGGACCCUGCAGAAAGAUGGCCGUUUUGUCUCAGUAGACGCAGUCAUGAGUGAAGACAGGGAGGAUAACUUAGGUUCGGGUGCUGAGCCACAGAAAGAGAUCACAGGGGUUCUGGUGAGUCCACCCCUGGAGAACGGCGAGUGGAGCUGCCUGAGGCUUGUCUACCAGAUCUCAGGGUCAGGGAGCCUGGAGGUCCUGCAGCGUACCGAGGGAAGGAGCUUUGACAGGCCCCUGUGGAGCGGCCAGGUGCCUUCUGACAGCUGGGUCAUCUCAAGCAUGGACCUGCAAAACAGUACGGAGCCUUACAGGGUUGUCAUCGAAGGUAAACCUGGACUGAGUGCUGGGAGCAGCGUGGCCGUCUUUGAGAUCCACAUCAGCCCUGGAUACUGCCUUGAGUGUAACUUCGAGGAGUCUCAUCUGUGUGGAUACAGUAACCAGUGGAAUGCUAACGUAAACUGGUAUGUGGGAGGAGGGGGUCUCAAGCUCCUUCAUAACAACAUGCCAAACGACCACACAUACAACAACAAAACAGGCCACUUCAUGUACGUGGACUCCAUCUAUGCCAAGACCUUCAAAGAAGUUGCCAAACUGGUGUCUCCAAUGACGAUGGUGCCCAUGUCCGGCUGCCUGAGUUUUCAAUACCAGCGCAGCGAGGACGGAGGAAACCUGUUUUCUGUUUUCACCCGGGACCGUCUGGGCCAGUACCAGGAGCUUUGGAGGGCUGAGCCAGAAAACCAGAACGACUGGAGCGGAACUCUUGGAGAAUGGAUACCGGUGCAGGUGGACUUGAAAGCACCGUACUCAGUUCAGGUGGUCUUUGAAGUGGCGUUUAACAGCCCAAGAGGCGGACAUGUUGCGCUUGAUGACAUUUCCUUUUCUCCAGAGUUUUGCAGCAAAGACACGGAACCGACGUUUGACCCCUCCAUCGCGAACUGUGACUUUGAGUCAGGUUUCUGCAACUACAUCCAAGACCCGGUGCUGGGGUCUCCAUGGAGGAGAGUGUCGGUGAAGCCCAACAUAUUCAGGAAUGGAGACCACACCACGGGGGCAGGAUCCUUCCUUUUGGCUCACUCCCAGCUGGGCCCACACUCCGGCUACGUUAGCCGCCUGGUCAGUCCAACUCUGCCUGGGAACAUGAAGUACUGCCUGAGAUUUUUCUUCUCCCUCAGAGGUUUCAAUCAAACGGACCAGGCUCUGGCUGUUUAUCUGCAGCAGCAGCGGGGCGGCAGCCAGGAGAAGAUCUGGACCCAGGGGGAAAAGUCGAGAGGAAUCUGGAUCGCGGCAGACGUCACCUUCCAGACGCCACGGCCCGCCAAGGUGGUUUUUGUCAGCACCUGCAGGAGCUUCUGGGACUGCGGCUCCGUGGCUCUGGAUGACAUCAGCGUGAGCCUCGGGGACUGCGAGCUGACGCCAGGUUUGUUUUCGUCAUCUUUCCCCGGUCACUGUAACUUUGAAGCAGGGCUGUGUGGUUACACCCAGGACAAGCAGGGCGACGCUGCAGACUGGGAGUGGAGGAGAGGGCCCACCCCGACCUCGUACACCGGACCCAGAGCAGACCACACCACGGGAGUUGGACACUACAUGCACAUGGAGGCGUCGCCCAUGCUGCCCGGUCAGAACGUCCGGCUGCUGUCCCGCCCCAUUAGGGGAGCCAGGGGGCCUCAGUGUCUUCGCUUCUACUACCACAUGUACGGCUCCGGCACCGGCCAGCUCGUCAUUUACAUCCACAGGGACGGAGAGGAUGCGUUGCUGUGGAAACGGAGCGGCGAGCAGAGCUACGCCUGGCUGAGGGCCCAAGUGGAGUAUCAGAGCGACAGGCAGCACCAGAUUGUGUUUGAAGCCAUCAGAGGCUCCUCAGUAAGGAGUGACAUUGCCAUUGAUGAUAUUAUCUUGGAGGGUGGUCCUUGCCCGGAAAUGGAGAUCAGGUCCACUGUGGGAACCUCCAAUGAGAUCGAGUAGAGCGGGCAAGGACGACAGCAGCUGUGUAGGAUGCAUGAACCCCAUUAUGUUUUCGUUUUUUUGCACAUUACAGACAACUCCUAAGUGUUGUCGACUCCCGACUCCUUCAUGUCAGUCUGAACAUGUGGACGCAAGCAAUUUUUUAUUUUUUUUUAUGUAGUUCUGUUUUCAUGGAGCGGCAACGUGCGUCACGGUCAGCGUUUCUCUGCACUGCGGCAACGGAGGUUGUGCGUUAAGCUGCGUUUCUCGUCACAUUUAUAUGCAUUAGAUUAAUGCUUAAAUAAAACCAGGAGGUGCUUCGA